UUAACAUUAACAACCAUAUUGGAGGUGUAAACCAGUAGCCCAAUGUCAAAAUUGCAAUGGUAAAAUACUUCUAAAAACUUAACAAUUUAUGUGUAAAAAUAUAUACGGAUAUUGUCGUGUUUAAAACAUAUCAUUUCAAAACAUUAAAGCAUCUGCAUUAGGACUAAAAAUGGAAAUAAAAUAUUUAAUUUUGUUUUUCUUCUGUGGAAGUGCAUUGUGUUGUGAUAUUGCCCCUGCAUAUUGGUGUGAUACAGAAGCUAUUGCAUCUCAGUGUGGGGUGCUCCCUGCAUGUUCCGAUCGUUUGUAUCCCAGCUAUGCCACAGAAGCUGAUCCUGUUGUUGUUGGAGUCUACUUUGAAUGUUUGUGCCCAGACUCAAUACGAUUCAUUACCAAUAUGCUGUUUCCAACAUGGGUUAAACUAAGAACAACUGGUGUAAUGAAAAUCAUGAUGGUUCCAUACGGAAAAGCAACAAUGAACAGACAUGGUAGUGGAUACAACUUCACUUGUCAGCAUGGACCUCAGGAAUGUGAGGGAAAUAUUAUUGAGAACUGUUUACUGAACGAAACAAAUUAUGACGAAGCAAAAUAUCUUCCAGUUAUUCAAUGUAUGGAGCGUUCCCCGCAACCUGUGGCUGCUGCAGAACAAUGUAUUACAAGGAGUGGUUUAAAUUGGACCAAUAUAAAUGCUUGUGCAUCAAGUGUGAAUGGAACUAUGUUAAUGCAUAAAGCUGGUCUUGCAACUGCAGCUCUUAACCCAUCUCUUACUUGGGUGCCUUGGAUAACUAUUAAUGGGAUUCACACUGAUCAUAUUCAGUCUUCUGCUAUUACUGACCUGCUGACACUGGUGUGCGAAACAUACAAGGGGGAAAAACCUAGGUCAUGUCAGCACACUAAACAUGGUAUUGGUGCUUAUGCGCGUAGACAAAGAUUCUCAAAUAAGCUAUAUUUCCGAUCACGUGGAUAACUAUAUUGACCAACUAAGGUUUCGAUUGAAAGGGAAGCCUAUUUCUUAACUUACUGUAUGCAGAUUUUUUAAGAUUUUUGGUUCUUCGUUAUAAUUUCUUAAUAUUUCUAACAAUCUGCUGUAUUCAAUUUCACUGGUUUAUUUGUACAUUAGAUUUUUGAUUGAUUUUUAUUGUAGAGUGUAAACAAUGAUGCUAUUGUUUUUAGCUGAUUCUCGUGCUUGAUUCUUCUUUAACAUUAGAGUACAACUUUAACUGGCGACUAUUAAGUUCAAAAUUAUUGAAUUUAAAUAAAAUGCAACA